AUGCAUGCAACUACUCAAGUACAAAAAGUUUCUUCAGAAGAGGAUACCUGUGGGACUGUAUUAGAAUUAGUUAUUGAAAUAGCCUUUAAAAAUACAUUAGAUUCCAUAAUUGACGAUGAUUUACUGAAUAAUACAGAUGAAGUUGCUGUACAUUUAAAUGAAGACUCAUCGAGCAGAAAUGUAGUCAAGAAGAAAUUUACAGUUGAGAAAAAAAGUUCUUUAAAACAUUCUAGUGAAUUAAGUGAAACAAAUGUUGGUGCAAUGGAACUUCUACAACAACAGAACAGUAAAGAAAACAUCUUACCAAGUAAUGAUAUGAAAGCCGACACCAUCAAAAGUGACACAGAUUUCAAAUCAGUAACUGGAAACGGUUCACAGUCAGACAUUCAUUUUUCUGAUUCAACUGAGGGACGUAUAUGUCAUGGAUUAACGGAUACAACAGCUAUAGCACCAACUAGUGAUGAAACUCGGGCAUGGAGUAUGCUAGAAUCGGCAUAUCAAACAUUGUUAAGUUUGAAAGAUCGUGUUGUUAUGUUUGUUAAUAAUUUACUUGAUUAUUAG